AUGUCAAAAAACAAGUCUCAGCUCCAAUAUGUUGAUCCCAGAAAAUUAGUACCACCCUAUAAGCCUGGUAAAGGCUACAGACCAUUCCACAAGGGCGAUCACGGAAGGGUGAUGGUAGUAGGUGGAUGUCAAGAUUACAGUGGUGCUCCCGCAAUGGCUGCAUUAUCGGCUGCUCGAACGGGUGCCGAUAUGGUACAUAUUCUGUGUCCGAAGGAAGUCAGCUCUGUGAUCAAAACCUACAAUCCUAACCUGAUGGUGCAUGGUUAUCUUGAAGAGGAGGCAUCAAAACCGUUACCAAAUAAGGCCAUUGAUCUAAUUGAUCGAAUGCACGUCGUUCUGGUUGGCUGUGGGCUGGGUCGCGAACCAAAGCUACUUGAGCAAGUCAAGCAAUUGAUCAGGGAAGUUCAUAGAAAAGGCAAGCCAUUGGUGAUUGAUGCAGAUGGGCUGUUUCUGGUGUCGCAAGACCACUCUCUCAUAACCACUGGAGAUGUUACACUGACGCCCAACUACGUUGAGUUUCUACGGCUCUGUAAGUCGUUUGAUGACUUUCCCGUUGACCCGGAGCAAGACUUGCUGGGCAGCGUAAAGCAUUUGACAAAAACAACAGGCUGCAAGGUUUUACUCAAGAAUGAGAGCGAUAUUGUGAGCAGCGGCGGGUACGUUGAGCAAAUUGAUGAAAUAGGCUCCCCCAGAAGAACAAGCGGCCAAGGCGACAUUUUAGCCGGCUGUGUUGCUGCCUUCACAAGCUGGAGAGUAGCCUAUCAAAAACAUCUUUGGGAUGUAGAACCAUUGAACAAAAGUCGUGUCGAGGACUCUGACAGACGCGCCCUUGAAGAACUAGCUGCCCCUUGCGGCGCCUCUGAGGUCGUAAGGUUAGCAAGCUCUUUAGCAUUUGAUCAAAAACAUAGAUCAAUGAUGGCCAACGAUGUAUUAGAUCGUGUCGGCGACGCUUUUGAGUUAUUUUUGGAGUUACAAAGGCUAUAA